AGUGACGCACAAGCUCUCUUCCACAGUGCCCCGUCUCCUUCGCAAUCUGCUGUCCGUACGCCCCGGUAACGCAGAUAUUUUUCCCUCUUCUUUUUCACUUUGUGCUACACUGAUCUUAUGUGGACCGCUGCUGUCUCUCACGGGGCGAGGAGGCGCCACGGCAACGCCGCCGCGCCACCCUCCAGCAGCACCCCACAAGGAGUUGGGAGCACUACGGACGCGAAUAGAACUGAGAUCAGCGGGAACGCAGCUGUGCUGACGACCCCCGCAAGCUCCAGCGACGUCCAUGGCGUGUCUGCCUCUCAGCUAGCCACCACGACAGUCCCCUUGGUCGAUCACACCGCGGAUGGUCAGUGGCAGUCCUCGCUCCUACGCAAACGAGUGGCGGACGGUGCGCAGUUCCAGAACGUCGCCUUGACGCACGCCGCUGCCAUCCUGCGCUCCGAGGCGGCGCGCAUGGAUGGGCAGCUGCUCGAUGACUUCAGCUCCCUGCUCCGUGGAAACGCCGUUUACAUCCACAACUUUAUCUGCGAUGAGCACGAUCGGCACCUCUACGAUCAGCUGAAGGCGGAGUUGGUGGCAUCGACAGGGGCGACGAUGGUGGGCGCGGGUGGGCUGAUUGACUGGAGUAAGCAUCAGGUGUUCGACAACCCUACGGAUAUCAGCCAGACUUUCAGCGAUGUUGUCGACAUGCUGGCGGAGUACUUCGACAUGGACGUGUACGCGACGCGGCUCAACUACUACCGCGACGGGACACAGUGGAAGCCGCAGCACCAUGACAGCCACGCCUACGGUGGGCGGGCGCUGCGGGAGGACUUCACGGUGGGUCUCACCCUCGGCGCGGUGCGCUCUUUGCUCUUCGUGCACGAGGCCUCGCAGCGCGAGUUCAACUUCCCGCAGCUCAACGGCGACUGCUUCGCCUUUACGCGGGGAGGUGAACCAAACUUUCACGCACGGCGUGCCGCGCGUGCACACACCGAUCGGCGAUCGCUUCAGCAUUAUCGCAUGGGGGCGGCGGCGGACGUUGAACGAGCGCAACGGCGGUGUACCAAGCAGCGGAGCGGCGCAGCUCAAAGGGCGUCGCAUCAACACAAUGGAGGAGGCCAUCGACGCGGCGAAGCAGCUCGUGGCGGCCCAGCCGGUGUCGCGGCCCGCCGUCGUGCCGAAGAGUGUGGAGGACACGGCGAAGGGGGAGCCACCGCCGGCGAAGCGCAAGAAGAACCAGUCUGCAGUGACUCUGCGUGGGCUCUGUUUGUGACGGAAGUAUGUCGCACACCGUGA